UGCCAUUUCCGUUACAUGGCCACUCGUCCACUCACUCUCUCUCUCUCUCUUCCCAAAAUGCCCAAUUCCCUCUUGAUCCUCCUCCUCGUCGCCGGCGCCGGCGCCGGCGACGCCGUCUCCGGCGAAGGUGGGGCCACGCCGGACCCGUGCGCCGGCCGACGGAUCCACAUCCGGCGCCUCCCCCCGCAGUUCAACGCGCACCUCCUCCGCCACUGCGACGCCGCCUUCCCUCUCGCCGACCCGUCCACGCCGGCCACCUCGUCCCCGCCCUGCGAGUCGCUCGUCAACCACGGCCUCGGCCCGCGCACCCACGCCAGCAGCCGCUCCUGGUACCGCACCGACACGCGCCUCCUCGAGGUCUUCUUCCACCGCCGCGUCGCCGAGCGGGACUGCAUCGUCGGUGACCCCGCCCUCGCCGACGCGGUGUUCGUCCCGUACUACGCGGGCCUCGACUCGCUGCCGUACGUGCUCGACCCGGCCCUCCUCGACUCCUCCGCGCAGCACGGCGCGGCGCUGGCCGAGUUCCUGGCGCGGGACCGGCCGCAGAUCCUGGCGCGCCGCCGUGGCCAUGACCAUUUCUUGGUGCUCUCCGGGUCGGCGUGGGAUUACUCGCAGCAGCCGCACACGGAGCCGAGGCUGUGGGGCACCACGUCGCUGCUCCGGCUGCCGGCGUUCGACAACUUCACGUUCUUGACGCUGGAGUCCCGCGCGUGGCCGUGGCAGGAGCACGCGAUCCCGCACCCGACGUCGUUCCACCCGGCGUCGCUGCCGCGGCUGCGCGCGUGGCUGGCCCGCGCGCGCCGGUCACGCCGCGCCGCGCUGAUGCUCUUCGCCGGCGGCGUGUCGCGCCCGUCCAAACCCAACAUCCGUGGCUCCAUCCUCGCCGAGUGCGCGAACCGGACCGAGGCGUGCAUCGUCGUGGACUGCUCCGGCGGCAAGUGCUCGCACGACCCCAUCCGGUACAUGCGGCCGAUGCUGCACGCCAAGUUCUGCCUCCAGCCGCCGGGGGACACGCCGACGCGGCGGUCGACGUUCGACGCCAUCCUCGCCGGCUGCGUGCCCGUGUUCUUCGAGGACGCCGCGGCGAGGCGGCAGUACGGCUGGCACCUGCCACCGGAGCGGUACGACGAGUUCUCGGUGCACAUACCCAAGGAGUCGGUGGUGUUCGGCGGCGUCAAGAUCGCCGAGACGCUCGCGGCGGUGAACGAAUCCGAGGUGAGGAGGAUGCGGGAGCGCGCGCUGGAGAUGGCGCCAAGGGUGCUCUACCGGCGGCACGGGAGCACCGCGGAGCUGAGCGAGACGACCAAGGACGCCGUCGACCUCGCCGUGGACGGCGCGCUCCGCAGGAUACGGAAGCGGGUGCGCGCGCUGGAGGACGACCAGCCGGAUAGGAUAUGCUCGCUGGAGGACGACGCCGUCGCGUCGUAGGAAUCAUCAGGAAAGCCACGAUCUUUUUGAACUCUGGGAAAUCAAGAAACGAUUUUGAUGGCAUCUCCAGUUUGGAUUUCAGCACGUGUGCUAAGCAGCUCACUUUGAUCCAAUCAUCCUUCACACUUGGGUGGAUGUACAUUGGCUCUGUUGGAUAUCCAUUUUCUUUUCUCUGGUGCUCCUCCUGUUGGUUUGUGAUGGUUCAAUGCAAAUUGCUGCUAUAAUGAAAGGAUAAACCUUAAUAUCUGUAUGCAUUAGUGAAGUGAUUACAUUAAAUUAUGCAGCAUCAGAAUAACUUCGACCCCUUGAUGAAUAUGGUUAUAGGGAGAAUAUGGUUCACAUGGGGUUGCACUAA